UGCUCCUUUCAGACUCCUUCAGAGCAGGAGGUGGAGCUGGGCAUCAAGUCAAAGGAGGCCAGGAAAUACAUCUUCAACUGUCUGGAUGAUAUGAUGCAGGUCAACUUGUCUUCCCACCUGGAGGGAACAGACAUGCUGGCAGAGAAGGCCGACCGGAGGGAAUUCAUAGACCUCUUGAAAAGGAUGCUCCGAUUGGACGCAGACAAGAGGAUCACGCCCACAAAAACCCUGGGUCACCCCUUCGUCACGAUGAGCCACCUCAUGGAUUACCCCCACAGCUCUCAUGUGAAGUCGUGCUUUCAGAACAUGGAGAUCUGCAAGAGACGGAGCUCCUCCUACGAAAACAGCAAAUCCCUGUACUCCACCAACACUGUUCCCAGUGCCUCCGCGGGCAACCUCACGGUCACCUUUAGCAGUCAGCUCAACCAGCACAACCAGGUGCCUUCAGCAGCGGGGACGGUGCCACUGCUCAACUACCAGCCGGCUCUGUACCAGCAGGCUACCAUCAACAUUCCCGGUCUGACCCAGCAGGGCGUCCCGCUGCAGACCCGCGCUGCCGGCCUGUGCAGCCAGGCGGAGCCCUUCCAGCAGACGCUCAUCGUCUGCCCCCCCACCACCAUCCAAGGGCUGCAGUCCUCCAACAAGAGCGGCGCCUACCCUGUGAGGAUGGAUAACUCUGUGCCCAUAGUACCUCAGAACCAGUCGGCCCAGUCACUGCAGCUCCCGCCCAGCAUGCUCACCCAGGGCUCCUGCACCCCCCUGAUGGUGGCCACCCUGCACCCUCCGUCAGCAGGCCUAGCCCCCCAGUACUCUCUGCCCCUAGGGCUGGGCGCGGGGGUGUCCCGGCCCACCCUGCUGGAGCACACAGCCACAGUGCUGCAGGCCUGGCCCACCGGCACCCAGCAGAUCCUCAUCCCGUCGUCUUGGCAACAGGUCCCGGGCGUGGCCAUCCACGGCACGGCCCCCCCGUCGGCCGUGGUGGAGUCGCCGCUGGGAGUGCUCCACUCGGGCGUGGCCUCGCAGCAGGCCCACAGCUGGAGGAGCACAGCCCAGACCAGGUCCCAGCCGGAGAGGAAGAAGGUUAAGGCCCGGCGGGGAGAGAGCAGGAACAGGGGUCUGUCCACUACAUCACUGCUCAGCAGCAGUGAGGUGACGCCCGCGGUACUGUCCCAGCCCAUCAUCAUCUCGGACACGCCCAGCCCUGCAGUCAGCAUCAUCACCAUCCACAGUGACACGGACACGGAGGACGAGCGCAAGUUUCACCCCGCCAGUGUGAGUCUCAGCCAGAGGACCAACGUCAUCAGCUGCGUGACGGUGCACGACUCGGACUCGUCCAACGCCAGCCCGCUGACCCCGCUGACCCCGCUGGGCCGCGGCCACCUGCCCUCCAGCGUGCUGUCCUCCCGCCAGCACGCCAGGUCCCUGGCCGUGGUGGCGCCCUCCGUCAAGGCCCCGGCGUCGGACCGGGGCGCCGGCCCCCGCUCCCGCACCGAUACUGUGAACUACAUGAAGCCCAAGAGGUCUGCCAACCGCCAGACCUGCGGCUCCCGGGACGAUGCUGAGCGCCAGGGGCCCGCACCCAGCCAGUCACACCCCCUGAACCUCAGCCAGGUGCAGCCCGUGGUGUCCUCCUCCCAGGAGCGCCUCCGGGCGUCCCACCACCACCACCACCACCACCACUCUGCCGGCUCCUCCGCCCGCCGGCAGCAGACCUUCCUCCCCGCGACCCACUUCAGCUUCCCGGACGCGUCGGCCCUGACCGCGGCCCCGGGCGCCGGCCUCUACACCUACCCGGCGUCGGCGGCGCUCUCCUCGGCCUCCCAGGCCAUGGAGCAGCUCCUGGGCCACGUGCACGCCGCCGGCGGCCACGGACACUCCCCGGCCGGCUACGCCACGGCGGCCUCCUACGCCAGCGCCUCCUCGGCCCGCCGGGACGCCGCGGCCCGCAAGGACCAGGUGGCGGCCGGCCUGCUGCACGCGCUCCCGGCCGCCUACCAGCACCCCUUCGCCACCGCCUCGCCCUACGUCAGCGUGACGCCCCGCGCCGAGGCCUACGGAGCUUACCAGCUCAGCCCCCGUCGCCUGCCCCAGUACCCCUACCUAUAGAGGGGGUCCCCCUGGCUGUACCCCUACCUAUAGAGGGGGUCCCCCUGGCUGUACCCCUACCUAUAGAGGGGGUCCCCCUGGCUGUACCCCUACCUAUAGAGGGGGUCCCCCUGGCUGUACCCCUACCUAUAGAGGGGGUCCCCCUGGCUGUACCCCUACCUAUAGAGGGGUUCUCCCUGGCUGUACCCCUACCUAUAGAGGGGUUCUCCCUGGCUGUACCCCUACCUAUAGAGGGGUUCUCCCUGGCUGUACCCUGACACAUAGAGAGCUUCUCCCAGGCAGUAACAGUGUUUCCCAUACAUAGACCAAUGUGUGGCUGUUAGGACUCCACGUCUUACCCCCCCCCCCCCCCCCCCGCCACAUAUUGCUACCUGGUCUGUGGGAAACACUGAGUACCCUUUCUUACCUGUGUGCACCAGGUCUGUGCCCUUACCCACAGAAGGGUUCUCAAAGCGCGCCCACCCAUAAAGAGGGUCACCCGCCUCGCCUCGGCAGAGGCCUCUGUCCUCGUACUCCUAGCCCCCCAGAGCUCUCCCAGUACCCAGUCCUAGGCCUCGGAGGAUGGGCCUAACUCCCUCCCUCGGUCGCUAAGGGAGCCCAGAAGGCUGGUCUCUAGUGCAGGGCAGUGGUCAGGGUGGAAGCACAGGGGUUAUAUCAACUAUUAAACUGCUGCAGUUCACUAUAAGAAACCCCUUUUCACCAUGUCUAGUUUAAAUGCUCCUUUUAAACUCAUUUUUAAUGUUUUAUCCAACAUUUUGCAUUAUUUGACCUUGUAUCGGUUUAAUUAUCAUUUUAGGAUGUGUGUUUAGUUUUUAACACCCUCUCUAUUUUGUCCCUCCCCAUUUUAUUCAGAAGUGGGAUUUGGCGUUGUGAUAUAUGUUUGACACCCGUUUUGUUCAAGCUAUAGGGCUUUCUGUGAUAAGAGGAAUACUUCCUGUAACAUGACACUUUGCCUAUGCCCUGAAGCCUUGCACAAAAGGCUUGUUGAUCGCUGGCAAAAAAACAAAACAAGGCUGGCCCGAAUUAUUCGAAUAUUCGAAUACUCGUUCUGAAAAUUAGUAUUCGAAGCUUAAAUCAGUAUUCGGAGCUUCGUUUUUUUUUCCACGUACGUGACAGAUCGAGGGAGGCAAACUAUAAGCGGCACCAAGCAGAGAAGCGAGAGAGGUGGAGGAAGAUUAUAUAUCUUGUUUCCCUUUACUUUAUAACACAACAUCAGCGGGAUCUCGGGAGGAAAAGUAAUGCCUAGCGAAAUGCUAACCUUAGCUUAGUUGGUUGUUUACGUUCACUGUACAGCGCCGUGCCAAUCAACUGUGACUGGCUUGCUGCAGAGCGUGAGCGUCUUGGCAAUACCCGGUCAAUAUAUUGGAUAUAAUAUGGACACAUACGACAAUCAAUAUUCGGUAUUUGUUAUGGAUUUAAUGUACAAAGUCCCUGAAAAGAUGCACGUUCCAGGAUGAAUUGAAAAGCUCCCCUAACGGCUGAGGUGGUAGAGGACAGCUGAUUUGGAACGGAACAACAGCUGUUCGCUUCCACGGGGGAAAACUAAAAACUCCAACUUACUUAGGCCUUCUAAUUAACGUUCAAAAGAUAUUAAAUCUUCAAAAAAAUAUGCAGAUACUGUCAAAAUCGGUUCCAGGGAGUAUAUAGGUAUUAUUAAUGUUGUUUUUGAUGGUGUGUUUUUCUGGAACGAGUAUUCGAAUAUUCGCUCGGAAAAAUCAACGAGUAUUCGAAGCCUGAAAAAUGACAUUCGGGCCAGCCCCUGUCCCAUGAGUUAAGUUAGUAAGUUUUAUGUGAGGCACUAAUCCCAUGAUAUUUCCUGUGUUUUGGCUCAUGUGUUUUGGCUGUAUCACUACAUUCAUCACAAAUAGUACUUAUUUUAUAAUGCAUAAAUUAUGUUUUUUGUCAGUGUGAGGUCGUUGAAGAUUUAUUCACUACCCGAGAGAAGUCCAUCUGCUGAGAAAGGCAUGGAUGGGACCGUGAUGGUUGUUUUUUAAUUUAAAAAAAAUGCACAUGUGAUAGUGUCACAAUUAAUGUACUAAGUGUUUUAGGAAGGGCGCAUAUGGACCUUAUGCAAUAGAAACAUUUGAACUUCAUCAACUGUGAGUGCUGAAUGUAUUUAUCAAGUUAAACGUAUAGUGAUGGAUUGCGUGCCCAUCUUCAGGAACAAAGGAAUCCUCAAGUUUUAACAUGUAACGAAAAUGGACUUGGGAAAGAUUACUGUAUCCCCUCCUCUACCCGACACUCCGAGAUUACCAAAACUUCCUGGAAAUACCUGCUGAUCAUUAGCCAGAGAAUUGCUUUUUGUGGAGUAUUUUCUAGAUUACAUUUAUAUAAAAAAAUAUGACUAGAUUUCUUACUAUUUUCCAUGUUUUAGAAACUAGCUCAUUAUAUUAAUCAAUAUACUUUAGCUAGAAUAUCCCAUUCUUUGAUCCAACAGUACUAAUGGAUUUAAUUGUAGCGUGAUGUUUAAGAGGCUAUAACGGCGUCAUCUCUGAUUUGUACCGACCCACUCGCGUGCUCACACAUACGUAAAUGAUGCUCUGCUGGCUUACACUGUCCAGAAUGGGACGCAGUAAGCGCGGCAAGUAACAUGCAAAGAACACGUACUAACACAAACUAGUAUUUUUAAUCAGAAACUAAUUUCAUUUGUUGUAAUCUUGUAUUUAUUUAACCAUUCCCAAUGAGUAGUACCAUAUUUGAAUAUACAUGCAAAGUUUGCAAGUGGGAUUUUUAAGUCUUACUCGGAUGUAUUGUGGUGAAUGUAAACCACAACUGCAUCCUGCAUAAUAUGGUAUCGCUCGUGAUUAUUGAUGGGUUGUCUGUACGCUUAACCUUACGGAUGCACACUUGUCAUAAGCUCUCUGUUGGAAGUACACAUGGCUUUAAGUUUUGUAACAGUGUGGCAGACUUUCUCCCUCCGUCUGUGGUCAAGCAAGUUUCUCCUGGAAUCCUGAAACGAAAGGCUUUUGGAUUUGAUCUCAUCCCCAUUUGUUUUCAUAUGUCUUGCUGUUAAAUGUAUUUUUGGCUGUUUAUAUCCCAUCCUUCCAUGGCAUUGUUAAGAAGUUAUCUGGUAGACUAAUUCAGGGAUAAGGUUUCAGUUCAAACUAUCGUCACUGUUUUUCAAUAAAAUAACCUCAAGUCCAGUGUUUGGUUUAUUUACAAACUGUUUGAGUCGUAUAGUAGAUUGUUUUGUAACGUCAAAUUGCUUGGCCUUAUUACUUUACUAUUUCACUGCGUUUACACACUAACUGAUGUAGGUAGGACAUUUUAUAAUAUAAGGAAAAUUAUUUAAAGUGGUUUUUUUUACCUGCACCUUAAAAAUACAACAAACAGGUAUUCUAUUGGGGAUUGAAAAUAUAUAUUUUUUGCUGGGAUCAAUAAUCUAAUCUAACCAGGACUACCCUUGUAGCUAUUGUCUGCGUCAUGCAGCUCUUGUGUUCCCAUUUUAUGAGGGCCCUAAAGGGAUUGCUAUCACUCGCUGAUCUCCCUAACCACUUACCGUGAACACCUGACGAAUGACUUUAAUUUAUAGACCUUCAGGUACAAGCAACGUGAUGUUCAGUUAACGCACACACACAAUUACACACAAUUCAGUCAAUGAAGACCCCCCCAAGUAAAUUAUUUAAUGAAAACCUUUUUGAUUCUGUCAAGGUGAUUUUCUACAAUUAGAGAGAAACGCAUAACGUGUUCACGGUACAUUUCCAAAAGUCAAAUGCGCAUCCAUCGGAACCACCAAAUGAGUUUAGAGAAUUCUGUAAGGGUCCUGCCGAGCAGGGUUAUUUAUUCGUCACUAUGAAAUCUUACAUUUUCACAGUUAAUUGAAUAAUGGAAAUUUGUUUAAG